GCGUCGGCAUAAUUCAGUCGCUGGCUGGUUCGACGUCGCGUCGGUUCAACAAGCGUCGUGACGCUACAAAAACGCGAUGUAGGACGCUCGCGACGGACCAACUUAACCAAAACCGAUGUAAAAAUAGACCGUUUUUUAGGAUUUCGUAAAUUUUCGUUUUAAAAGUGUUGUUACUUUACGGGCAAGUAGAAAAUCAAGCUGAAUUAGCCGGACAAACUAAAGAAAACAGUGAUUAAUUUGGAGAAAUAGGAAGUAACAAUAUUUGGUCAAACAGAUCCCUAGAUAUAAUACAUUCAGCAAGGCUUAACCUCAUUAUAAGGUUUUUAUUUCAAAUCUAGAUCGAUUGAAGUAUGAAUAAACUCAGGAUUGACAUAUAAAAAACUGGCAUAAACCAAAUAUACUAAAAUGUAAAAAUAUAAGAAAUGUAAAUCCUCUGGUUCCAAUAUGAGUGACAAUACUCCCAGUGAGGUGUUGAAGAAACCUCCUAAAAAACCCAAGCUUGAAAGAGGGGUUAAAUUGCCAACUCCUCCACCUGAUCCAUGGGAGGCUUUGUCAGAAAACAGUCCAAAAACGCCGCAAAAUCACAAAAGUGAGUCUGUAGAAGAUGGAGAUGAUCGGGAAGUCUUGGACUACAUCGAGUCUUUGCACAAGAACCUCUAUUCUAGGUCUUCCAGUACUUUUGCUCCAGCGCAAGUCACAGAAGAAGCGUUUGAUCACCUGGAGAAGCUGUACAAGCUCAUGGAACAGAUGCUUGAGUUGAGGGAACAAAACGUCAGGCUACAUAGAAGAAUUCGUGAUUUGGAACAUCUAAACAACCUGGAAAAGAUCCACCUCAAUCCAGCCUCAGUAGAAGAAGAUUACCCCGACCUAGAUAAAGACACAGCCUUUGCAGAGGUCAUCCUGGAAUCCAUCUUGCAGGAUCCAAAGAAUAAGGACUCUCUGAGGCAUAAAAACCGGUCUUCGUUGUUGAAAAGGCAUAGGAGUUGUUCUACAACGGAUAAACCUUCUUUAAGUGAUGGUGUUAGAGAUGAGGUAACAGAAAAAGAUGAUGGCAGUAAGAAAGACAAGCAGUCAAAGGUGUCCAAGUGGACCAAAGUUAAGGCAGCUUUUAGAUGGGAAAAGGCAUCAAACGUAGGUGACAGCAAAUCCCAGGACAGCGGUAUUCACGUGCCAGUGAACUACGAGAUCGCCAGGUACUUGAGAGUACCAUCCACCAGCGACGAAAUGGGCCAUAGCGCUGGAGAUUCAGGUGCGGGUAUAUCCACUCCUGGAUCGAUCAGUUCUGCUUCAUCCAAUGAUGAUUUUCAACGAAUGGGUCGUUCAGCUUGUGAAGAUCUGAGAAGCUCUGACGAUGAAAACACAAACCAAUACAUUCCACAUCAAAAGGAUUACCGACACAAAUCCAGUUUUCAUAAGUCCCAGCUCAGAAACCCUUGGGCCAAAAUGAAGGACAUCAUCCACCCGAGAAACAGCCUGAAGAAAAAACACAGGCUGUCAGCUGCCAGCGACGACAUACAAAUAGACGUGGAAUUCUGUAGUGAUAACGAAGAUGUUUUUGAAAGUGACGACCCAAUCAGCAAAAGUACUCAUCUUUCUUUAUCACCAUCUCCUAACGUUUGCAGUACUCCAAGUACUAGUCCAAGCUGUCUUGAAGUACCUCCAGAGGUUGUUGAGCGAUAUCAGAGAGCUUUGGCAGAAGACAGUGCUUCAGACUCUGAGGCCAGACCAUCUAGAUGGAGUAGAGUAAGAAGAGCUUUCCUUAACAGGACACCAAAAACUUCCUGUUCCUCUCAUGUUAAAGAGAAAUCUGAUGAUGGGGCAGUAGAGGAAGAAAUCAAGCAGAACUACGUCAGGUUGCAGAAGAAAAUCAGUCUAGAGUUCCAAGACAAGCUCAGCGAAUGGGAGAGACUAAAACAAAGUUCUCCAGGAGCUUCCAGUCCUGGAUCUGUGAGUGGUUUCUCUGAAGAAGCCAAGGAUCCAGCUUUCGUUAAGAAAAUGGAAGAAUGGCAGAAAAUGAAGAACCAAUUUUCAGGGAACAAACCCAGGUUGUCACAGGUGACUCGAGAGUACGAAUUGCCUCCAGACUUCAAGAAGAAGUUACAAGAGUGGGAGAAAAUUAAGAAAACCAGUUUGGGACCCAAGAAAAAGCUAGGAGACGUACCUAAAUGGAAAAGCUUAGGAGGACCAAGAUCUUCCGAUCACCCUGUGUUCGAAUAUCCAGCCCUUUCUGAGGAGUUCAGAAAGAAACUGGAAGAAUGGAAGCAAAUCAAAGCCAGUGGUGGCCCUUCCUGUUACGUGGAGCACAAGAAAAUGUCGGAAAAAACUCCGAGUCCAAAAUUGAGCAGGAAGAAUUCAUCGCCCAAGCAGAGCAAAAAGUCCAAAGACCAAAACAAAGAACUACAUUGGUUUGAGAAAGAACUUGGGAAAAUUGAGAAAGAAAAGUUUCGCUUGGAGCGGGAAAGACAGAAGUUUAUUGAAAGAGAAGAAAGGUUAUCAAAAUUAAGAAAAUCAGUUCUGGGGGGACAAACAAAGAAAGAAGUACUGAUCCACACCCCUUCAGGCUUCCACAGAUUUGAAGGCAUAUCCAGAAAAUUCACCCAAAAGCUCUACGAGUGGGAAAAGUCCCAAGGCAUUGCUCCAGAGGCUUCUACCUUUGCUCUACUCUCUUCCUCCAACUACACCUCAGAAAUCAGACCAGGCUACACCAAGAACACCUCAGGAACACACUCAGCGUCUUUAACAAGAUCCAAGUCAGCUGACAGUAUAGCCGUUUCAGCUCUAAACCUGGCAUGUCCACUGCUUUCCGGUCAUCCAUCUUCUUUGUCACUGAACGACAUGGAAGAACUCGAGAAGGAAUGUCUAGGAAACUCUAAAACGUCUUCUUUGGAAAGUCAUGAUCUGUUUCUGGAUGAACCAGAGGCAGUUUUGGUGGAGGUUGAGGAUUACGAAGAAGAAACUGCUGAGCCUCUGCAUGUCAGUUGUGUGGAGAGGCAGCAGUUGCCUGUGUACCAGAGACAAGAGUUUAAGCCUCUUUGUGAAAGUGAAACAAUAGCUAUACCAAAGAUACGUAGAAGUGAAUCAGCGAGGGCUCAAACUAGCUACGACCUGAUGGAAGCUAUUUCCAAGUUACUGACAGAGCUACAAGUAACUGAAGACGAAAUACGGUGUCUUGUUGAAAACAAGAAUCUCCAGGAAGGACAAAACAAAAAGACUUUUAAGUUCCUCAACGAACUUCAAAACCAAUCAGUCAGCAAACUCAACGAAAAACUGUUAAAGUUACACGACUCCAACAACAACGUAGCAUCCAAUAUAUCAAAAGAUGAACAGCCUGAGCAGUCCAGCAUGGACGAAAUUCUGAAAUCUAUCCGUAACAGCCCAACAGAAAUGAUGGCAAUGACAGAUCAAAUGGAGAAAAGCAUCUCCAUUAGACUCUCCUCAUCUGAGAUUAUCUACCCCACCGCCUUGUUUGAACUUAUAAAAGACGUACGUGUUAAAAUAACAGAACUACGUCGUUUUCUGAGUUACGUUUGCGGGUCCACUGAUUCCAGAUCGUUAUCCAGAAAGGUUUCUGAGGAGAAGAAGAUGAAACUACGCAAGACGUCUUCGAACGAUGGUAGAAUGGAAAGCAGUGAUAAUUCAAGAAAAAGCAGUGACAAAGAGAGACGGUUUAUAAAAAUGGAUAGCACUAAUGGUCAAACCAAUCUCACUGUGGGUCAAGGUGCAGUGAAAAAAAGGAUCAGAUACCGUCAAAAAACCCUCCAAAAGAACCUGGUAGAUACAGACGAUGAAGAAGUGGAUGCAGAACCCCAGAAAAUGGUACGCCAGCACAAGAAACUCACCCGAACUCGCUCAAUCUCUGACGGAAACUUAAACCCAACCUUUGACGACAAUUUUCUAAGUCCAGGAACACCAAAUCCUGAAACUUCCACUUCUGAGUCCAGACUGGAUUCAUCACCCUCUGAAUCAGCUGUGACUCUUUUUGUUAAAACAACUAGAAAACUAUUUACACCACUCAUAGAAACUUCUUUAUCCAAAAACAUCCCUGAGACAUCUCCUAAAGAACCAAAAACACCAGUUGAUAGAGAACCACAACCAGAAAGACCUCCAUUGCCUGGUUCUCCAGUUCCUCAGAGGAAGGUCUUCAAAGAAGUGUCACCAAGCAUCAGACUGAUGAUGGCUAAAUUCAACCAAAACGCUCUACAAGCAUCUGGCAUCAAAUCAGGUGGUUCCAGUGGCUCUAGCUCGCCGGUAGCAUGGAGAUCUCCUGUUUCCGAGAGACGAGUUAAAGUACAGACUGAAAAGUACCAAGAGGAGAUCAUAAAAAUGUCUCCUUUACUCGGAAGAAGAAAUGAUGUUGAAAAAUCUUCAAGUGCCACAACCAUGUUUUCUUCGUCCAAACAAGUAACUAUACCUGCCAGAAAAUCUUCUCUAAACAACACAACAGUUCAAAAUUCAUCUUCUGAAGCUUCCUCAGAUUUAGCAGCGUUGAAAAGAAGUCUAACUCUGGAUAUUUCUCUGGCAAACCAAAACAAUAACUUACAAAAUUUAAGUAUGUCUGCUGAAAUGAGGAUGAGGAAGUUACAGAAAGCCAAAGAGGAGUUUCUGAGGACUCCUAUAUCAGCUCCGUGUUUUGUUAGAAAUGAUGGGUUACAGUACCCUCAAAGAAAUAGGUUGAGUCAAGUAAGUAUGGAAAGUGAGACCAGUUAUGACCAAGCAUCGCUUCCAGGAGCGUUGAUCAAGUCAGCUUCGGCUGGUAUGAUCAACAUUGAAGCUGACGCUUACAAAAUUAUUGAUCCAGAGUACAGACCAGAAGGUUACGUCUCACUGCCCAGACAAGCCAGAAAAUCCAAAGACCUGGGAAAAUCGGCAUUUUCCAGCAUAGCUGCCAAGUUUCGCAAAGUGAAAAUGAGACGCGGUAAAGACAAGGAUAAAAAUGGGAAGAAUCAAGGACGCGAAGCUUUGGCAACGCUGUGCCGACAGAGCCUUGUCGUGGACAUCAGCCCGACCGACGGAUCUGGCAACAUCGUCGGCGACUUCGAUGGGGAAUCACCGGAAAACGGUGACGUCAGAAGAAGUAGCAAAGAUAGCAGAGACAGCCUAUCAAAAAGCAGCUCGUGGAUCAAAAGAUCGCUGUUUAAAAGAUAAAACCGCGUUGCCAGAUUUACAAAAAAUCGGAACAUGUCCGGAUAAAAAAUGCGACGUUGCCAAGUCUCAAUUAAAUCAGAAGAUUUACUUUAUUUUCAUGAAUUACUCAAAAUAAAGUUAUUAACGAGACAGUGCCUUUACAAACGAACGAUAUAUAGUUAGAUCUCUCCACGAAUUUCGACAAAAUAAAUCAUAUUUAUGAAUUUAUAUAAACAAUAAUUAUACAUUAAAAUAGUUUUUAUAUUUUUCCUGAAAAAAUACGACGUCUGUGCAACAUAAUAUAGCAGCAUAUCAAUUCAAAUUAUUUUUUCUAGACGAGCGGUGUUGUCACUUGUUGUUUUAUUUCGGAUGAUUUAGGGAAAAAGCAAAUAUUGACUAUGUUGUUUUUUACUAACUCUCUAGAUUUAAGAUUCGAUGUCAGAGUAAUUUUAGAAUUUUUAUCGCUUUUUGUUGUUAUUAUAAAUCGAUGUUUUUU